UGAUAUAAUGGAUUCAAGUAUUUUGAGGCGUGGAAGGCCAAGUUGGCAUUCUUUGCCAGAUAUUGGAUUAGCAGCAAUAAAUGAUGGUUUAUUACUUGAUUGUGGUAUUAAUAAAAUUAUUCAAAAAGAAAUUCCUAGUCAUCCCAGAAAAAAUGCAAUAUUGAGGGAAAUUGCUACAGCAAAACAAAAGACAGUUAUUGGUCAAAUGCUGGAUAUGACAACAACAGAUUUGUCACAAUUCACUUGGUCGAGAUACUCUUCAAUUGUAAAACACAAAACUAGUCAUUAUUCCUACUUGCUCCCAUUAAAUAUUGGAAUGCAUUUGGCAGAUUAUACAACACCCCAUCAAGUACAAUUGAGACAAAUAGCAUAUGAUUUGGGUUAUUUAUUUCAAGCACAAGACGAUUAUCUUGAUUGUUUUGGAGAUCCUUCAAUUACUGGGAAAUCAAAUUUGGUCGAUUUGGCAGAAGGAAAAUGUACUUGGGUAACAUGUGCUCUAAUUGAAAAAUUGGAAAAAAGUAAUAAAUCUGUUGAAUUGGACAAUUUUAAAAAGAAUUUUUCGACUAAAGAUGAAAACAAAUUAAUUAUUGCAAGAAAUAUUAUUGUUGAACAGGGGAUUGAAGAGGAUUGUCUGAAAUUUCAGGUAAAGGAAAAUUUUCUGAAUUUUUAUUUACUAUAAAGUCAAACCCAUGAGCUUAAAAAUUUUAAAAAUGUCAAAUUACCAAAAAGACAAAAGUUCAAAACGUCCAAAACCCCAACUAUCCCAAUCACUUAAUU